CAGGAGCCUGAGGAUCAUCCCCAGGGAGGACGGGAGGAUCGGCAGCACAGGGAACCGUGAAAACAGGAACACAGGAGAGCUAGGAACAGUGACCGGGACAGACACCGGGGCCAUUCCCUCUGAAGGAAAACGUCUAACGGGAGGCCUGGGAGUAGGCAGGGUCAGGGACGGGAUCCAGACACUCAGAACCUGCAGGCUCAGGAAGACCAGCUGGAGUUUCACAAUGCCAGGCGGGGGGCAUCGCCAGAAGAAUGACGCUGGUGGCGGUGGCAGUGAGUCUCAGGAGUUGUUUCCUCGGCCUGGUGGCAACAACAAAGAAAAAGAGGUGACUGUUAAAGAAAAACCAAGCUUUGAACUUUCUGGGGCGCUUCUUGAGGACACCAACACUUUUCUGGGUGCAGUAAUUAAAUACACUGAGCCCCCAGAAGCACAUACUCCCAGAAAACUGUGGCAUCUCUACCCGUUUAAAAAUGAUGAGGUGCUGCCAGUCAUGUACAUACACCAAGACAAGAGUGCAUACCUACUGGGUGACACCGCCGCAUUGCAGACAUUGCAAUCGAUCGCCCAUCUUGUUCAAAGGAGCAUGUGGUCUGGUGGACACAAUCCACCAGAGCCUGGGAACCCCCACACCUAUGCGCUCCUCUUGUUUAUCCGGAAAGGAGAGAAUCAGGUUUGAGGAGGAAUGGAACCUAAAACAAACCUCUUCCCUAAAUGUGGAAUUAAUGAGACCCGUUGCCUCUGCUCUCCAGUCCCUGUUCCUCACACAGAGCACACCUACUGAGCUGGCAGUGGCCUGAUGGCAGGUGAUUCCUUGUGUGCCCAAGCCCAAUCAUCUAGUCAAGGCGAGACCCAGUUCUCAGGUUUAGGGUCUCUGCAAAUGAAGUACAACUUGGGAUCCCCAUGCUUCUCAAUGAUCCUAGCAGGCAUCCCUGGGGUCUCCACUCUUGAGAGUUAACCCAAUUGACCACAUUAGGGAGUGUCAGGGACUGUCAUGCCUCCCUAGUGACAAUAUCAUAAAGGAAGAGACUGUAGACAGAAGAUGUGCUUUUGAAAUGCACAUUCAUGAGAACAGACCCAAAUAAACUCAGAUGGUCUAACUCCCAUUGAGGCUAUAUAGAACGCAUGACAAAGAUACACAUUAUUUUCAAGGCCACUUUACAAGUAUUACAUAAAUUUAUCACAUAGUGAUUAAACAGUGCAGUCUCUAAUCCUGAGUUUCUGUUGCCCAAAAGAUGUCUAAUAGUAUAAUGAGAACACCUCCUCCAGGGCUCAAAGCAUCUUUCCUAUCAGGUACAGGCCAGACAUCAGGCCCCAGGGGUCUGCAGCAGGCAGGAGGUAAAGGACAGGACAUGGUGUGAAGCAAACAGACAUGAGUGAGAUCAGAAGAGGCUGCUGAACGCUGGACUGGAGCCAAGCAUGGGGUGCCCAGACCCGCUCUCCACUCACAGGAACUGGACCUCGGAUCAUCCCAAGCCACUCCUGGUUUAUGGUGCGCACAUGUUCCAAAACCCAGACAGUGAGGACUGUAUUUGGGGCAGAGUAAGAAGAAAUGGAUCAGAGCAACAUACAAAAGCUCUAAAGACAUUCUUGUUUUGAACAUAAUUUGUCAAAGUGUUUGAGUUUUUGUGGUUUUGU